AUGGUUCACUGGCAGGACCCAGAGGUGAUCGUCUAUGUCUUCUUCAUCUAUGAGCAGAUCGCAGUUUUCUUGCUUGGCUUCUAUGGGACCCAGUUCUUAUGGAGCACGUACAUCGAGUGGGAGCUCAUAACCAGGAAGCGGGCGUUCCGUGUCGUGCACAUUCCAUGGCUGCUCGCGCGCUAUGUCAUGCUCUCCGCUCUGCUCUUCUUCGUUAUCACCGGAAGAUCCAGAACGAGGAUCGCGUGUGAUGUGGCAUAUCGGACAUUUGCCAGCCUCGGAAGUGGGGCUGCGAUGCUCGCGAGUCUGACACUAUGCUCUAGGCCUGCCGCCAUCCUCUGGACCUUGAAGCAAUACAUUCCAGUGGCCAUACUCGUACUUAUAGGUGUGGGGCAGGCUGUCAUCGUAGUUCUCCAGGGCAUCCUGACCGUCCGUGCGGAAUGGAACAUGCAAAGCGCAUCAUGCGAAGUCUUCAGCUCGGACAACCACCUCCUCGGUGGAUUCUACAUCUACACGUUCUGCUUCGACGUCGUGAUCCUGUCGAUGACGCUGUUCGCCGUGCACCGCGUGCACAUGCAGCACGCGUACCGCGCGCGGCGCUGGCGCUUCGGCGAUGCGCUCUGCGUGCAGGGCAUCUGGUACGUCGCGGCGACAUGUGCGGUGAACGUCCCCGUCGCGACGCUCGCGUUCCUGAACCUGAAUCCCGGGAUGAACGUCCUACUCUCCCUGCCGGCCGUGACUAUCAGCGUCAUCGCAUCUUCGCUCACGCUCUUCGCCUUCGACGACUACAACGGCAAAGACGCCAACCCGCGGUCCGGGUUUGGGAGUGGAACUGGGUCGCGCCCGUCCGAACUCGUCAGCGCCCCGCUCCCGGGCAACCUCACCACACACAUCUCGAUGGACAUGGGGGUGCUGGACUCGCGCGUUAUCCUGGACGAUGACUUAGUGCGCCUGGACGACAAGGACAGCGCCGAGUCGGAGACCCCGAGUCCGAGCACUGUGGAGCACGCCGAGUCGGUGUAG